AUGGCCGAAUGUGUUGAUUUGCUUGAACAAGGUGAAUCAUCAAGACCAUACAUACCCCGUAGCGUCGUCGAAAGAGAUCGAUAUAGUGCUGACGGGCGCCUAAUGGCAGCUUACUUUAACGAAAACCCAAAGUAUUCGUUGAAGAGCUUUAGGCGACGAUUUCGUAUGUCUAGACCUAUGUUCAUGCGCAUUGUCAACGACAUAAUAUCAUACCCAUCUCGCAAUCCAGGUCCUGUGCCUUUGCAUUUUAAAAGAAUGCAAGACAAGCAGCUUGAUGCCCGAGGAAAGCCUGGUUUCAGUACCAUCCAAAAGUGUGUAUGCGCCAUACGUCAAUUGGCGUAUGGCUACAAUCCCGACUCGCUUGACGAGUAUCUACAUAUGGGUGAAGAAACAGCAAGGUGGAUGAAUACUUGCGUAGACCAACACCGGAGGACAUACAACGCUUGUACGCUCGACAUGAAGAGCUUCAUGGCUUCUCAGGCAUGCUUGGAAGCAUUGAUUGCAUGCACUGGCCUUGAAAGAACUGCCCCAAGGCAUGGUAAGUCGCCUUUAUUUAGGGAAAUCAUUGAAGAUCGUGCACCUGAUAGCUCGUUCACUGUUAAUGGCACCCACUACAAAAAGGGUUACUAUCUUGCAGACGACAUUUAUCCCGAAUGGUCAACUUUUGUUGAAGACGCGGGGUACGCCAUAAGCUCACUCGAGGAUGGAGACGACAUUGAUCCAAUCGUCUUACCGGAGCAUACGUUCGAGGAAAGAAUUGCACUUCACCAACGUACCGACAAGGAGCUUCGAGAUCGCACUGUGCAUCAUGCUCUUUGUCAUGAUCUUACGGAGCAUGUAUGGCGCCUCCCAGCUUAA